AAUAAAUGGAUGAAUAUUCACAAAACCCCAUAAUGUGAGUGGUACUAUCACCCCCAUGCUAGAGAUGAGAAAACUGAGGUUUAGAGAGACUGACCAUAUUCCCGGGGUCAUAAAACUAAUGAGCCGUCUGGGACCAGAGGUCAAAAUGUCUUGCCUCUGGGGUCUAACUCUUAGCUUCUGUGCUAGCUCACCUCUCUCUGCACUUUUAAGUGCCUGCCAGUGUUUUUAUGUGAGAACCCUAUUUUCCUGAGACACUCCGAGAAAAAAGCCAUUCGAUGGGUGACUCUGUUUGGAAAAUCCUGCAAAUUACAUUUCCUGCUUGGUGGCCUAAGAAAGGCUCUGAAGAGUCCCGCAGUAUAAAUCCUGGUUGAACUUCUGUAAUCAGUGUUUCCCAAAGCAUUGACUAUAGACAUCUUGUAUUUAUUUAUUGGUGUGUGUAACAUCUAUUAACAUAUUGCAAAGCAUACCUCGGAAGCAAUAGCUUUUGUCCUUGCGGAGAGAAGCAGAUUGUCUGGUACAGGAUUCCGAGAGGUCUCUCUGGGUUGGCUGGGGUGGGAAGUCUGGGACCAGGGGCUUCCUCUCCUAGCAGGAGGGCCCGUGCCUGAAGUCAACGUCCCACAAAGCUGGCACCUGAACCCAACAUGUUUGCUCACCCACUGUCAUGUUCACCCCCAAACCAGGAAGGCAGCAGUGAGGCUCCUGGCCCCUGUUAGCUGCACCCCGGCCCAAGCAUGCUUCUCUACAGAGAUCUGGGCACCGGCUCAUCUUCUGCCCUUUGAUUCCUGUACAGGUGACACUCGGUGUUUCUCCUGAGCUUCUUAGAGAACAAUUCCUUAGGUGUGUCUCUCAGAGACAUCAACCCCACAAACCUGGCCUUGCUCUCUUACUGUCUCAUUUCUCCCUAUUGGAAUUUUCACCUAGAGGAACAGGGACACUCCCUUACCCACUUGUGUCCUCUCGGCCACCAACUCAGUGUUGAACACAUGGUCGAUGGUAAAUGCCUAGAUCAUUCUUGUUGGCUUGACUGUGAUGAUCCCACAUGUUGCACGGUUUGGAGCAGAAAAGGAUAGAUGGUGAUGUUGUAAACCUCUUAAUUCAUUGCCAGAGCCGCCCCCCUCCUCCUGCCCUGAGCAAAGGAGAAAGAUGCCCCAGAGGCAGAGAAGACUAUGGAGGGAAAUGUAUGUAACUGACUGCAUCUCUGUGUUCCUGGCAGGGCUGGAGCCAGUCAGCGUCCCGAUGUGUUCAUUUUUAUUGGUUUUGAUGGUGAUUUGAUGUCAUCAGGGAUUCAGGUCUCAUGUUCGUCCCUGCGAUCAUCUGAAUAGCACUGGUGACGGGGAAGGGAAGAGCAGAGACAGGCACCCAUAGGCAGCCUGGAUCGGACCGUAUAAAUCUGGGAGGAGGGAGGGGGCCGGACAGCCUGGCCUUCCCAGCUGGCACACGAGGCUGAGUGGAAGCCAGCGACAGGCAGUGGAGCGGGAGGCGUUGUGCCUUCACCCCAAGUGACCAUGAAAGGGGCCAUGCGAGUCUCAAUCAUGUUCCUUCUGGUGACUGUGUCGGACUGUGCCGUGAUCACAGGGGCCUGUGAGCGGGAUGUGCAGUGUGGGACGGGCACCUGCUGCGCCAUCAGCCUGUGGCUGCGUGGGCUUCGGAUGUGCACCCCGCUGGGGCGGGAAGGAGAGGAGUGUCACCCGGGCAGCCGUAAGGUCCCCUUCUUCAGAAAACGCCAGCACCACACCUGCCCCUGCCUGCCCAACCUGCUGUGCUCCAGGUGCCCGGACGGCAGGUACCGCUGCUCCACGGACUUGAAAAACAUCAACUUUUAGGAGCCUGGCUGUUGUCGGCACACACGCUGGGCCUCUGCAUGAGAACAGCCUGGGGCGGGGGGGGGGGGGGGGGUCUUUUAUGGAUUUUGAUUUCUGCCACGUGGCCCAGCUCCCCCACCGCCCCGUCCCCAGGCCCCAAGCUGCUUCCCCCCAUCCCUGCUUCCUAGCCCACAUCUGUGCAUUCAUGCAGACACCCGCACAUGGUCCGCCAGGCUGGCCUGAGGUUGUCCCAGCCGAGGGCCGUGGUCCUGGCAACAGCUGUUCCGGCUGGCUGAGGGGUUGUACGUGAUCGGAAGGACACUGUUUUCCCUUAGCUCCUGCCUCACUCACCUGUCUGCUCCUUAGAGGUGACUUGUCCUCCUCCCCGGGCCCAUCUGUCCCUCCUCCCGCAUGAGCUCUCUGCCUGAACCUGCACAUCCCCUUGGGUGCGCUGCUCUGCGUCUCUGGCCUGAGCCUCAGGCCCUUUCUGUGAGGCCUGUGACUGUCAACCCGAGAGUCGGUCAUCUUCCUUUGACUGACCAACCCCUCGGUUGUAGGCCACGGGCCCAAGGUCAGCCCUUCCCGGGGCGCAGUAGGCGGUGACCUCAUGGCAGGCGCAGGGAGCCACCAGGCCAGUGCUGCAUGGCCUCCGAACCCCUCCCAGCAUGCCUUACCAGUUAAGCAGGGAAGCCCCCAAUUCCCACUACCUCGCUCUAAAAUGCAAGUGGCGGCCGUUUGAUCUUAUCAGCUAUUGACGUUUUAGGAGGCAAUUAGGGAGUAACCUCAAACAGCUCUUUCCCAAGGAUCGGUCCCUGGGAGCAUGUCUGUGACCUUGAGGACCAAGGGCUUCUGCCCAGCCUGGGGGGGGGGGGGGUGUCAGGUGGGAAGGGAGGCAGCAGGCAGGGACACCGACUUUGGAUACAGGCGUGCAACCACCACCGCGGGCCCAGGCUGCACAGGCACCACACCCAGAGACAGCGUCUUCUCCAGACAGUGAGGGCUUCCUGAAGUUCAAAGCUGUCUGUCUGGGAGUUGUGUCACUGGCCUCCGUUGUCAUCUAAAACACAGUUGCUCUAAGCCCCUCGCAUCUGGACCCUGCCCCAGGCCCACCCAGGACAGCGUGGUGAUGCCCGAGGCUGCAGAAUAAAAGCAUGAA